AUGUCAACCUCACCAGCAGAUGGCAUCUCUAAGCUCUCCGUAGAGGACGCUUCCAACAAUGAAGCCCCACCCCCACACGACCAGUCGGCAACAUCAUCGACCAGUGAUCAAGCCAUGCCGACCAACUUGGGCCGCGAAGUGCCAGUCAGUUCUACUGAAGUAGCAGCAUCGUCUCCGUCAAAGUCUCAAGUUCCUACUGAAGGUGUGGUCGAAUCCAAGCCAGCGCGGACUACUUGCGGUGUCUGCGAGAAGGAGCCCAGCAAAUACAAAUGCCCGCACUGCUCACUUGCCUACUGCUCCGUAUCUUGCUCCCGCAUUCAUAAAGAGACGCACCCUCCAUCUUCCCUGCCACCGAAGCCGCCACCACCGAUCAGCCGGUCCGCCGCUGUCAAGCCCAGUCGCCAACAUCCGUUUAGCGUUCUCGAUGACUCCCCCGAGUUGCGCAACCUUUUCAAGAAGUACCCGAACCUCCCAUCCACUUUGAACCAAAUCCACUCGGCGACGUUGCCCCCUAAGAAAGAGCCUAGUACGCGAGGUGGCCUUCCUUGGAAACUCUCAGAUGUGGACUCCAGGCUGCUCGACGGCACGGGUCGCCCCGGAGGUGGUAGAAAGAAGAACGAGCCGUGGUCUCAGGACGUUGGUCUGAGCCGCGGGCGUGCCGCCCUGCGUAAGGCACGCAUGGAUCCUUCCGAUGUUGGCGACGGCGUCAGGGAGUACUGCGAGCUCGUGCUGUACCUCUUGUCCAAGGGUAGUGACAAGGAGGAGGCCACGGCAAUGGUGAGCCGCGAAUACACUCAAGAAGAAAUCAAGCUCAUCGAGACUCUUCAACAGCAAGAGCACGAAGACUGA